AUGUCCGGCAAGCGUCUGCUGGAUGCCAUUCAGCUUCUGAAUGUGUCCAAGUCAGUAGCUGUCAAGCACUUGGCUAUUCGCCAGCACCAGCUCGAUGUCUACACUCGGACGUCCCGCUGCCGCACUGGCGCGCCGCUUCAACGAACCCUCGCCACCGCCCAACCCACGGCCGACGGCCGACUCCCCGAGCCCUCGCCCGACUCGGCCAACGCCCCAAAUACUACCUCGACCACCACAACGCCCCCUUCCGAUGAAGCCCGGAAAUUGCAACGCCAGGCCGAGUUCCAGGUCCCUUCCUCUGCCGCGCAAUACAAGGGAGAUGAGAAGCCCGACGCAUUAAAUGUCAGCCAACAACAGGAUGUAUUCUACGAGCCCUCGCAACAGUCUGCGCCGGAUCUCUCCGCGCUGCCUCGAGUCAAAUUUCCCAAAGCGACCGGGGAUGUUCAAGUUGGUAGUAGUGAUGGACUAAAUGCAGAUGUUUUCCACUCGUCUGUGGACCCGGACGUUAAACAGUCCACGCCGGAUCAGCGGCAAGAACUGCCAGAAGAGAUGAUGCAGGGUCUUUUCCACAGCCCGAGGGUUUCUCGAAUGUUGUCGGGGAAGCCGGCGCCAAAGAGAGAUUGGCUGCCAGUAGACAAGCAACCGCCUUGCGACCAAAGCGCACCGUCAACCACCCCAUCAGAGACCGUCGCGAAAUCAGGAACCGAGGAGAUGGAGAAGUUGGGGACGAGCGUCGCGGAGGAUGUGGCCCCAAGCGCCGAAGGGCUCGAAGCUGGAAAGAAGAAUGAAGUCUACCAGAUGAUGGAGUCUCGUGUGCCGUCGUCACGACUCGGGAGACUCUGGCAGUAUGGUGGCCUCGCGACCUCGAUGGCCUUCGGAGCUGUCGGCGAGACGGUUCGACGGGCUACCGGCAGCCAAGAAAAUGGGUCUCUCAUGUUCAGUGCCGGGAAUAUGGAACGACUUGUGUCUAAACUGUCCAAAAUGCGAGGCGCAGCUCUCAAGCUGGGGCAGAUGCUCAGUUUCCAGGACUCAAAAAUGCUGCCCGACCCCAUCCAGCAAGUGCUUCAACGUGUUCAAGACCGCGCCGACUACAUGCCCGCUUCACAGCGCGACAAGGUCUUGACAGAAAACCUCGGGCCGAACUGGCGAGACCUCUUUGCCUCGUUUGACGAAGUCCCUAUGGCGGCUGCAUCGAUUGGCCAAGUUCACGCCGCAGUCCUCAAGCGAACUGGGAAACCAGUCGCCGUUAAGGUGCAAUACCCGGGGGUGGCCGACUCAAUUGACUCAGACCUGAACAAUCUGUCGAUUUUGCUCACAGCAUCCCGGCUGCUUCCCCGGGGUCUGUACCUCGACAAGACGAUCGCCAAUGCGCGGACCGAAUUGGCCUGGGAAUGUGACUACAAGCGCGAAGCUGAAGGCGCAGCCCGAUUCCGCGGGCUCCUGCGCGACGACCCAGUCUUCGUUGUCCCGGAAAUUAUAACCGAAGCAUCCGGCAAGCAAGUUCUGACGAUGGAAAUGCUGGAGGGCAUUGCAGUCACCAAGAUCCAGGAUUUUAGCCAGGAACAGCGCGACUGGAUCGGCACCCAGAUCAUGCGACUGUGUCUACGCGAGAUCACCGAGUUCCGGUACAUGCAGACAGACCCCAACUGGACCAACUUCCUGUACAAUGCGCGCACCAACCGACUGGAGCUGCUCGACUUCGGCGCCUCGCGCGAGUACCCAACCAAGUUCAUUUCCACCUACGUGCGCACCCUCGUCGCCGCCGCCCGCAACGACCGCGCCGCCUGCCACACCCUCUCCAUCCAGCUCGGCUACCUCACGGGCCUCGAAUCGACUGCCAUGGCCGACGCCCACGUCUCCUCUAUCCUCGCAAUCGCCGAGCCCUUCAUGCUCUCCUCGCCUGAUCUUUACGACUUCCGUGACCAGACCAUCACCGACCGCGUGCGCGACCUCAUCCCGCUCAUGAUCCGUGAGAGGCUCGCCCCGCCCCCGGAGGAGACGUAUAGCUUGCAUCGCAAGCUCAGCGGCGCUUUCUUGCUCUGUGCCCGCCUUGGCAGUCGCGUUCCGUGUAAGGAUCUGUUUGCGACGGCUACUCGGUCGGCCGAGGACAGUGGGUUGCUGGUGGAUCAGAACCAGAAACAAUAG